AUGAUGAACAAAAGCCUUAAGACUGUUAUCGAGACGUUCAAGUAUGAAGGAGAUGACAAGGCCAAAAAGAACCUAGAGAAUGUGCUGAAGUCAAUAAAAAGUGUGAAAGUCAAUAAACGCGUCACAAGUUCAAGGCGACUGCUGACUAAAGUUAAAUCUACCUCCAUUAUUCAUAAAUCAAAUGCUAGUGCCACAUACAAUGUGAGCAAUUCACCUCUGAAAGCACAGAAAGUGAAGAUAGAUACUUCUAAACUACCAGAUUUAAGACAUUCUCUCAACUCUAAUCUCAAGCUCCUAUUUGUUGGAUACAAUCCUGGAGUUCAGUCCUCAAUACAGCAGCAUCAUUACGCGCAUCAUUCCAAUUUAUUCUGGAAAUUAUUCAACCAAGCAAAUGUUUUACAAAGAGUUGUACAAAAAAGGAAGAAAAAGGAGAAUGGCAUGCAUCAAAAGGUGUUUGAUGAUGAUGAUGAUGACGACAAGUAUCUCAAAACUUUAUUAUCUACAGGAUGUUCGGCUAUUCAUGAUUUCGAUUUGAUCAAAUAUGACAUUGGAUUUUCUGAUUUGUCAUUGAGAUGCACUGUUCGAGCCGAAGAGUUGACCUCGGAGGAGAAAAUCGCCAAUAUUCCUCGCCUUAUUCGGGAAAUAAACGAAAGUAACGCCGAAAACGUCGUGCUCAUUGGAAAAGGGAUAUGGGAAGUCAUUGUCAAGUUUUACAAGGCACAGUUAGGAAUCAAGUUUCAACUCAAUAAAGACAAUUUCCAAUGGGGUCAGAUUGCGGAAAGCAAAGAUAAACAGUACAAUCAGAUUAUCGAGCAUGUUUAUGCACAACUUCCCAAGCACACCACAAUAUAUGCAUUCCCCAGUACUUCGGGGCUAGUGGCAAGCAUGAAAUUUUCUGAGAAACUCCGGCUUUGGCAAGAAAUGGCUAAUAAUUUAUAA